AACAGUCUGCUUCAAGUAGCAGCUCAGAGCAGUCGGUCACUUCCUUACCACCAUGGAGGAUAUCAAUGAUCUUUAUAAACGCAUCGCUGAACGAGAUAGAGGCUUUAAGACGUUUGUAUGGAACCCCAAAAAGAAAGCAUUCUUCGGUCGCACUGGGGCAUCAUGGUUUAAGAUCCUCCUUUUCUACGUGAUCUUCUACUUGUGUCUGACUGCCUUCUUCGCAUUGAACUUCUCUGCCUUCUACCAGACUCUGGAUAUCCAUCACCUGCCCAGGUACACUCCAGGUGAUGGAGGAUCCAUCCUUCAGAAAGUUGCCAUGGGUUUCAGACCCAUGCCACCACCUGAACAAAUUGAGUCUACAUUAAUUUGGUACAAGAAUGGUGAUGAUGAAACUAUCAAGUACUGGGUUGACAUGCUUGACAAAUUCAUCGAACCUUAUGAAGGCAAGGCUAAAGCUACGUCUGGCCAGCACAUAACAGACUGUUCCGAUGAUCAUAACCCCAAGGAGGGAGAAGUAUGCAGCUUCAAAGACACUUGGCUCACAGGAAAUUGUCAGAAAGCAGAGAAAUGGGGUUUCAACCGCCAGUCCCCCUGCAUCCUUCUUAAGCUCAACAGGAUGAUCAGAUGGGAACCAGAAGUUUAUGAGACUUUGGAAGAGUUGCCUGAGAAGAUGCCACAGUCAUUGAAGGACCACAUUAAGAAGAGCAUGAAAGAAAAUGAGGGCAAAAUACCCAGGAUGAUCUGGGUCUCAUGCGAAGGAGAGGAGCCAGCAGACCAGGAAUAUAUUGGGCCUCUCCGUUACUCCCCAUGGCAAGGGUUCCCUGCCUACUACUUUCCUUACAUGAACACUCCAGGCUAUCUACCUCCAGUUGUUGCCGUCCAGUUCCUUUCUCCUGCUUCUCAUGUUCUCAUCAGCAUUAAGUGCCGUGCUUGGGCCAAGAACAUUGAACAUGAUGAUAUGGAACGUCUUGAUGGCGAUACAAAAGAAUUUUCAGCAAAGAAACCUUGUAUUAAUACCACUUUUCGCCCACCGGAGGUAAAACAUGGUAUCCAAUUCCGAUGGUACUCAAUGGAGAGAGGUGGCAACGGUGGGAGGCGGCGAGGUAUUGAUCAGAGGCCGCCUGAGCCUGAGACAGUACACCUCUCCACCUCCACCAUGGCCGACAACAACGAGCUUUAUAAGAAUAUCGCCGAUAGGGACACAGGCUUCAAGAAAUUCAUAUGGAACUCCGAUAAGAAGCAGUUCCUGGGCCGCACGGGGUCAUCAUGGUUUAAGAUUGGUGUAUUCUACCUCAUCUUCUAUGCAUGUCUAGCUGGGUUCUUUGCCAUAAUGUUGGCCGUAUUCUAUCAAACACUAGACACAAAUCAUCUCCCAAAGUACACCCCUGGUGGCGGCGGCUCUCUCCUUCGUAACCCAGCCAUGGGCUUCAGACCUCUUCCACGCAGUGAAAAUGUAGAAUCAACAUUGAUUUGGUAUAAGAAUGGCGACAAUGAUGACAUUAAACAUUGGGUCGACACCCUUAAUGAGUUUAUCAAACCUUAUGAAGGCACCAGUGACGCCAUCUCUGGCCAGCAUAUAACGGACUGCUCUGAAGAUAAUUUUCCAAAGGAACGCGAGGUGUGCCGCUUCCAGGAUAGCUGGCUCAAAGACAAGUGCCAGAAGGCAGAGAGCUGGGGCUAUAACAGAGAAUCACCUUGCAUUCUACUGAAACUAAACAAGAUGAUAAGGUGGGUACCAGAAGUUUACGAGACUUUGGAAGAGUUGCCACAGGACAUGCCUGAAUCCCUCAAGAAACAUAUUGAGAAGCGCAUGACAGAAAACCAGGGUAGAAUCCCCAAGAUGAUAUGGGUCUCAUGUGAGGGAGAGAACCCUGCAGAUCAAGAAUACAUUGGGCCUAUUCGUUACUCUCCAUGGCAAGGGUUCCCUGCCUACUACUUCCCAUAUAUGCACACACCAGGCUACUUAUCUCCCAUUGUUGCAGUCCAGUUUGACUCUCCUGUUUCUAAUGUUCUCAUAAAUAUCGAGUGCCGUGCUUGGGCCAAGAACAUUAAGCACGAUCGACAGAAUCGUCUUGGUCUAGUCCACUUUGAGCUGCUGAAGGACUAAUAACUUCAAAGGUUGCAUCAGCAGGGGGUUGGAUAUAAAAUACCCACACAAGGAACAUUAUUUUUUUUAAACAUCCAUCAUUCAUUUUAAUUAAAUUAUAUCUGUUCUAUAAGGAAAAUGGUUGUAAAUGUAAAUUUUUAUUGUGAAGUUGUAAGAUAGUCUAUUAUACUGUCCUUUUACUUGAGAGGUGAUACUGGUAUUGGGUCAGUACUGCCAUACUAAUUGCCUUCCUGUGGUUGUAAAAGGAAUGAUGCAUUCAAAGUUUAUGAAAUUGUUAAUGGUUAGUCGGAUUUUGUGUAUAUGUGAUUUAUCCUGGAGUUGUGCAGUAUGUAGACAAACCUAGUAGUCCUGUUGAUAUUCCUGUAUUAGUUAAUGUAAAUAGUCUUGUAUACAGAGGAUAAAAUUGUUUCUUGCAAUCUACUUACCACCUGCUGUCCAACAUUAUAGGGUGAUGGGUAUGCAUAAUCACUUGGCAUUUUCAUAAGCCCAAAUGUAUUUAUGGCACAUGACUGCUGUUCAAUUUUUUUUUUCUUAGUGAGAGCAUACAUCAUAACUUAUCAAUGUUGUUUGGCAGGAUUGAUUCUAAAUUGGAUCAUAAAAAGGAAAUUUCUGUAUCUCUGUUAUUGAACAGUAAAGAUCUUUAACACCUCCA